AUGGCCUCAGAAACCCCAGAAUCGACGGAAAUCACCCUCAUUGGUGCCGGGACCAUCGGUCUCUCCUUCGCCGCCCUCCAUCUGACCUCCGACCCGACCUGCCUCGUUACAAUCCACGACAAGCGUCCCGACCUACAAUCCUACAUCUCCACCCACCUUCCCUCCUACAUCCCCGAAGCCGCCCUUGAAUCCUGCACAAAGCGCAUAUCCUACGCCGACUCCCUCCAACACGCAGUAAAAAGCGCCGACAUCAUCCAGGAACAAGGCCCCGAAAACGCAGAGUUCAAGACUAGUCUUUGGCCUGAGAUCGAAAAGCACGCUCCGCAGAAUGCAUUGCUUUGGAGCAGCACCUCGGGCAUCCCCGCUAGCGUACAAGUCGAGGGCAUGAGAGACAAGACCCGCCUCCUCGUUGUCCAUCCCUACAACCCUCCCCACAUCAUGCCGUUACUCGAACUCGUCCCCUCACCCAGCACGUCCCAAGAUGUGGUAGCCCGCACUUUGAACUGCUGGCGAGCUCGUGGGAGGACACCAGUAGUGAUCAAGAAAGAAUGCACCGGCUUCGUCGCGAAUCGAUUAGCCUUCGCUCUCUUCCGGGAGGCGUGCAGUCUUGCAGCUCAGGGCGUGGCGUCCGUGGAAGACAUCGAUGAGAUUGUGACGAGUUCGAUGGGGCCGAGGUGGGCCGUUGCUGGGCCGUUCAAGGCGUAUUAUGCGGGCGGUGGGGAGGGAGGACUGAGGAGUUUUAUGGAGAAGAUUGGAGGGACCGUGGGGGAGUGUUGGGAUGCUAGUGAUGAGGGUGUCAGGAAGGGAGGUAUCAGGGUGGGAGCCGAGUGGCAGGAGGGGGUGUGUGAACAGGCGGAGGAUGCGUAUGGAGUUGUUGAUACUGGGGAUCGUGAUGCUAAGACUAGGAGAGUGUUGGAGGCUGUCAGUAGCAGAGGGUAG